AUGGAUCUGGUCCGACGUGGCGUGCUCGUAGUGGUGCAGCAACCAGUAGAGGACGACGAAGCAGGCGCCGGUACUGAUACUAGCAGCAGCCGGCGGUUACCUCGCGAGAUCUUUAUUCUCGGCACGACGCACGUGUCGGAAACGGCUGGUGAGGACGCCAUGCGGGUGGUGCGGAGCGUGCAGCCUCAGAACGUGGUGGUGGAGCUGUGUAAAAGCAGAGCACCCAUAAUGUACGACCCUGUACCGGACCCCAACCAGCUCUCAGUGCCAAGCUCUGAUGCCACGGGUGCUGCUGCUGCUCCUGCUCGCGAUCUAUUCCUCAUGGGAGGAGCCAGCCUACCUCAGACGCUCAUGCGCAGCAUCCAGCUCGGGGCCACCCUGCCUCAGACGCUCAUGCGCAACACAGCAUCCAGCUUGAUUUGCACUGCUGCCUUCUGUGGUUGUCUUUUCAGCCUGAUGCAUUCCGUUUCCAUCUCUCCUCCAUCACCUCUGUUGGUUGGAAUCACUUCUCCGUCGUGCAUGGAAGGCCCUCUCUCUGCGCGGCCGCGCUUGCCUCGUUUCGCCUGUAUGUGGUUUGGCUUGGCAAAUCAAUAUGCCCUCUUCCUCUUCCCCCCUCCCCUCUCCUCCCCCCAGCUGCGCCGGGCAUGGAAGGCCCUUUCUCUUCUCGACCGCACUUGCCUCCUGCGCCGUGCAUGGAAGGCCCUUUCUCUUCUCGACCGCGCUCGCCUCGCCUCUGCUCUCCUGCAAGGCGGGCUGAAGGGGGGCUCUCUGGAGCAGAGCGAGUUGAAAGGAGCGUUCUCAAGACAGCGUGACUCUACUAAUGGUCAAGGGAUGGAGGGUUUAAAUAUGGAUAGAGAUGUUGUGGGGAGUGGGGGAGUGGUAGAGAAGGACGACGCGGAGGGAGAGGAAGAGGUCGAGUUUUUGUCGGCUGUUUUUCAGGAAGUUGCACGGCAGUUUCCUACGCUCAUCGGGCCACUGGUGCAUGAGAGGGAUGCGCUUCCGUAUCAGGAAGCUAGCAUCGAUGGCGGUUCGGCUAUCAGUGACGGCUCUUACCAAUGGUUCACCACAGCAGCCUCGCCGGCACCAACAACUGCUGGUGCUGGAGUGGACACUGCUUCCUGGAAGCUUAUUGAGAGCGCGUUCGGGUUCUCCUUCCUCUACCCGUCCUCCUAUAUAGUCACAAUUAACUGCAAGAACGACCCAGCAGAUACCCCACUCACAGCAGACGGCGCUCAGGCCCUAGCAUUGAACCGCAAGAACGACCCAGCAGACGCCCCACUCACAGCAGACGGCGCUCAGGCCCUAGCAGUCGUGGGCAACUUUGUCACUUUUGACACGAUGAGUGUCAUUCGCUAUGCCUUCACUCCAAACCCCGACAAGCUCGCUCCUCUCAUCCAACGCAUCCUGCCCAAUGGGGUGAGUCUCACUCAUCGCCGCCCAUCCUCCUCACUCAUCGCCGCCCAUCCUCCUCACUCAUCGCCGCCCAUCCUCCUCACUCACGCUUCGUCUCCUCACCUUUUCAAACCCCAACAAGCUCGCUCCUCUCAUCCCAACAAUCUGAGCACCUCAUUGGUGGAGGACACGGUGUUCCCCAACCAGCCAAUCAUAGAGCUUCCUCUGGAUCUCCAAAAGAUCCUCUCCGCCCUGGCAUCACCUGCCGGACUCAGUUUCGAACGUGCCGAGUGUAAUAACGGAGGCGUGCAGAGGGAGGAUAGAGGAGGGAAUGAGGGGAGUGCAUAUUUUGUGAUAACGGAGACGUGCAGAGGGCGGAUAGAGGAGGGGAAGGGGGGCGUGGGUGAGUGUGUGUCAGUGCGAGGGGCCGAUCUUGUUCAGCCAAUCGUGCGCCGCCACAUAGGCCGGAUACUCCUGUCAGAAGGCUACCUCUACGUCAUCACUGUGGCGUGCACCGAGGCACGGCGGCCCGAAAUGAGCACCCUGCUGCAAUGCACCACCCGCAACCCCCUCCCCCCACCCACUCCCCCACUUCUUCCCCACAUCUCCCCUCCGGGCUACCUCUUUGUCAUCACUGCGCCGAGCAUCAAGGCAGGGCGGACAAGAGUGAACGCACAGCUGCAAUGA